AUGACCAUGUGGAUUCCGCAAGAUGAACAUUAUCUGGCCACCAUACUUCACCCAAACUUCAAACAGUUUGAUAAAAACCCAUAUGAUAAAAGUACAGCGAUGAAGUUACUUCAAAAUGAAAUUAAUAAUCAAACAAAAUCACUAAGUUCUUUAGUUUCACUGGAUGCUUCCUGUUCAACAUCUAUUGCAACUACUGUUUCAAAAGUUUCUUCAGAAGAAAAUAAUGUAGAAAAAAGAAAGAAGAAUCUUUUGUCUUUAUGUUUCGAUGAUCGUAGGCCAUCAAUGUCGAAUAUGGAUGAAUUUACUUCAUGGAUGAGUUGCAACUUAACAUUAGAUGAUAAAGAAAAUGAUGAUUUAUUAGGAUUUUGGUCAAAAAACAGCCUGUCUUUUCCUAUUAUUUCAACUAUUGUACGUGAUAUUUUCGCUAUUUCAGCAUCGAAUACAACUGUUGAGAGAACUUUUUCAAUAUCAAAAAAUCUUAUAACCGACAAACGAACAAGAUUAGGAACAGAAAAAGUUAAUCAAAUGAUAUUUCUUAGAAAAAAUCUUAUUACUCUUAAAGAUUUAUUCGAUCAUGAUCACGACAAACAUGAACUUGAAUCAAAUCAUGAUAAACGAAAGAAUGAUGAUGCACCUGCUGAAUCACUUGAUAAAAAUAGUAAAAAAUCGAAAGUAGAUGAAAAUGAUGAGAUUGUUAUCGAUGAAGUAGAAAACAAUUUUUAG